CGAUGAUUGUAAAGGGUUUAUUGAGCCUUUGAACGGCAUACGCAAUGGUAUGUCUAAGCAGGUCAAUAAAGAGUUGACACAGAAAAGGUACCAUAGUUAUGGUAAAGAGAAGGCGCCGGCAGACUGUGUGGCCAUACUUAACUUGGCUCGUGCUGAUUUCCUUGCAAUUGUUUCAAAACUCUCGCGUCCAAAAUCAGUUUCCGCUAAUCUUCACAAGGACGACUGUCUGCUGUUCCUCUAUUAUUUGGAGGCAAUCAUCAUGCUCAAGCUCCUCCAGCGGCCUGGCGUCGUAAGCAACAUGACUGUUGAGGAAUGGCAGGGAAGGAAACGCUUACAGAACGGCUGUUCUGUUGCCGUUAAGGAGCAUAAAACGGCAGCAUCACAAGUGGCAGAACUGCCUCUGACAACUGAACAAGAACAUUGGUUUGACCUUUACUUCGAAAAAAUUCGGCCACUGAUGCUCCAAGGUCCCAGGUCAGGGGACGACACAAUGGCAGAGGGACAUUUUUUUAUUUCAAGUUCAGGAAGGCCAAUCCACAACCCCAGCAACGACCUCUGUAGACUCCAUACAAAAUACAACCUUACACCUGUUAGCAGCGGUGAUGCCAGGAUGGCAUUUGAGACGACAGCAAAGAACAUGCCAAAGGUAGAACGCAAUGCGGUGGCUCGGCUGUUGGGACACACCCCGGAGACAGCCGAGAAGCACUACCGGAUGAGAACUCCGGCAGACGCAUUUCUGGCGCAACGUCUCUUGGAGGAGAUUGCUGGACAAACACGACCUGGAUCCAGUGCGUCCACUAGCCAAGAACAGAGCAUGGAUGUGUCUGAAAGGCCUGGAUCCAGUGCAUCCACAAGCCAGAGGAUGGAUGUGUCUGAAAGGCCUGGAUCCAGUGAGUCCACAAGCCAGAGGAUGGAUGUGUCUGAAAGUCCUGGUUCCAGUGCGUCCACUAGCCAGAGGAUGGAUGUGUCUGAAAGUCUUGGAUCCAGUGCGUCCACACGCCAGAGGAUGGAUGUGUCUGAAAGGUGUCCCCCUAAAAAGGAUCCAUAUGCAUGUUUUGUAAUGCUCCACAGGCUUCCCUAACACUCUGGCAAUGUGAGCCUUAUGGCACCAUUCAAAUGAACUUAAAUAUUGUUAGUAAAAUACAAGCAGGCAGAGGAGCAAUGCAUAAUUUACCCAGACAUAUUUUGACAACUGAGAGAGAACCACCAGCAGUUUAACCAGCAGAACCGGAUCCAUCAUCUGUUCAGCAUUUGGGGACCAAAGUGGACCACUGAUGUUAGAGUGGAAAUGGACAGAAAGGGCCUCUACAAGAAUCUUAAGGGGUUCUUCAACUAUUUGUGCAUUGACUCAACAAAAGGAGCAAACACGAGAUACAACAUUCCACCUGUAAGCAACAGUGAUGCCAGGAUGGCAUUUGAGACGGCAGACUAAGAACCUGCUGGAGGUGGAGCGUGAUGCGGUGGCUCAGCUGUUGAGACACACUCCAGAGACAGUCGAGAAGCACUACCGCAUGAGAACUCCGGCAGACGCAUUUCUGGUGCAACAUCUAGUUGAGGACAUUGCUUGAAAAACAUGACCUGGAUCCAGUGCGUCCACACGAAGAGAACAGAGAUAGGAUGUGUCUGGGUGGACUUCCAACCUUUCACAGGCUUUUCUGAUACUGAGGCAGGGGAGAAAUGAAGAAUUUACACUGACAUAUAUUGACAACUGAGCAAAUAAGAGACCUGGACCCAGUGCGUCUACAAGCAGACAACAGAGGGUGCAUGUGGACUUCCAACCUUCCACAGGCUUCCCUGAUACUGAGGCAGGGGAGCAACGAAUGACAUAUAUUGAAAACUGAGAGAGAGCCACCAGCUGUUGAACCAGCGUCUGUUCAGCACUGGCGGACCGAGGUGGACCUCUGAUGUAAGGGUGGAGAUGAACAGAAAAGGGCAUGUCAUGGACUUGGAGGAACAAACAUGAGUGCCAUUACAUUCCACCUGUGAGCAGCAGUUAUGCCAGGAUGGUAUUCGAGACGACAGCAAAGAACCUGCCGGAGGUGGAGCGGUAGCUCAGCUGUUGGAACACACUACAGAGACAACUGAGAAGCACUACCAUAUGAGAACUCCGGCAGACGCCUUUCUGGUGCAACAUCUCGUUGAGGAUAUUGCUGGAAAAACUCGGUAAACCAUACAAACAACAAUGUGUGACAGUUGCUUUACAUGUGAACGGCCCCUACGCUAAUACGAUUUUGUUUUUCUCUCCCUGUCUCGUCCUCAAUCCCGAGGACACUGAGACAAACAGACCCAGUUCCGGCUGCCGUGAAGGUUAACACACCACUGAUGUUCUGGCCGUCCUUCAACAUGAUGCCCAGCUGAUGCCUGACCAAUGACCACCGACAGAAUCCCGCAUAAUCUCCUUACCCGUUUACAAAUGCAGGAGGUUUUUCUCCUAGGGGUUUUUUUCAACCCCGGGAAGUUAGCCAACAUUGGCUUAACCUAGCACCCUCUUCUAUACAUUACAUCAUCAACACGCU